GGAUAUUUGACCAUCUUGUUUUUCUUAUCUGUUUGAUAAUGACUUACAUCUCCUGGUUUUUUUUCCCAGUUAUUUGUGGUAGAUGUCCAGACUGGUCAAAUUACCAAGAUUCCUAUUCUGAAAGAUCGUGAACCCGGCAUGGUGAACCAGCAGGGUUGUGGUAUUCACGCCAUUGAGCUCAAUCUCUCAAGGACCCUUCUGGCCACAGGUGGAGACAACCCCAACAGUCUUGCAAUUUAUCGUCUGCCUACACUUGAUCCUGUCUGUGUGGGAGAUGAUGGACAUAAGGACUGGAUAUUUUCAAUUGCAUGGAUCAGUGAUACUAUGGCUGUUUCUGGUUCCCGGGAUGGUUCAAUGGGUCUCUGGGAAGUCACAGAAGAUGUGCUGUCCAAAAGUGAUGCCAGGCAUAAUCUCUCUCAAGUUCCUGUCUAUGCCCACAUAACACACAGGGCUCUGAAGGAUAUCCCCAAGGAGAACACCAAUCCUGACAACUGUAAAGUCCGAGCAUUGGCUUUCAACAAUAAGAACAAGGAACUGGGAGCUGUGUCCCUAGAUGGGUAUUUUCAUCUUUGGAAAGCAGAGCACAUGCUAUCAAAGUUACUUUCCACAAAGUUGCCAUACUGCAGGGAGAACGUGUGUUUGGCUUAUGGUCAGGAGUGGUCGGUGUAUGCAGUAGGAUCACAGGCUCAUGUCUCGUUUUUGGAUCCCAGGCAACCUUCUCAUAAUGUUAAAUCUGUCUGUUCUAAAGAACGAGGCAGUGGCAUUCGAUCGGUGAGCUUCUAUGAGCACAUCAUCACAGUGGGAACGGGGCAAGGUUCCUUAUUGUUUUACGAUAUCAGAGCCCAGAGGUUCCUGGAUGAAAAGCCCCUAUGUGCCUGCUAUGGACAGAAGCAGAAAUUAGGAGGAAGUGAAAUUUUGAAGUUGACUACUGGGAAAGGCUGGCUGAAUCAUGAUGAAACCUGGAGGAAUUAUUUUUCUGACACAAAUUUCUACCCAAAUGCUGUUUACACCCACUGCUAUGACUCGUCUGGAACGAAACUUUUUGUGGCAGGAGGCCCCCUUCCAUCAGGACUUCAUGGGAAUUAUGCUGGUCUCUGGAGCUAACGAUAACUCUUUAUAAAUGCUGAUCUUUACACAGAUUUCCACUUUUCCUUCCCUUUUUUUAACAACAAAAUUGUGUGAUGCCAUUGAUUUCUGAUUUAAACGCAAGUUAUUUUUUGGCAGAGUUUUCUGUUGGUCUCCAACAGUCUUGUACACCUUUUUGAACCAGUUUUCUGCUUUAACCUCCUUGAUUCUUUAUAUGAAGGGGUUUUGAAAUCCCUUUUUUACUGUAUUUACUCCAAAAGACUCUUCCCCCACAUUUCACAGAAUCACAGGUUGGAAGGGACCUCAGGGAUCAUCUAGUCCAACCUUUCUGGGAAGAGCACAGUCUAGACAAGAUGGCCCAGCACCCUGUCCAGGCGACCCUUGAAGGUGUCCAACGUGGCCAAGUCAACCACUUCCCUGGGGAGAUUAUUCCAAUGGGUGACUGUCCUCGCUGUGAAAAAUUUCCCUCUGGUGUCCAAUCGGAAUCUCCCCAAGAGCAACUUGUGUCCAUUCCCCCUUGUCCUCUCCAUGUGGCUCCGUGUAAAAAGGGGGUCUCCAUCUUCUUUGUAGCUACCCGUUAAGUACUGGUACAUGGUGAUGAGCUCCCCUCUGAGCCUCCUUUUCUCAAGGCUGAACAAACCCAGUUCUCCCAGCCUAUCCUCAUAUGGCAGGCUUCCCAGUCCUUUGACCAUCUUGGUGGCCCUUCUCUGGACCCCUUCCAGCCUGUCCACAUCCUUUUUGUAUAGCGGGGACCAGAACGGGACACAGUACUCCAGGUGUGGCCUGACAAGCGCUGAGUAGAGUGGGAUGGUGACGGCUUUAUCUCUGCUGGCGAUGCCCUUUUUGAUGCAACCCAGCAUCCUGUUGGCCUUCUUGGCCGCAGCAGCACACUGUUCGCUCAUGUUGAGCUUCCUGUCCACCAGGACCCCCAGGUCCCUUUUGACAGAGCUGCUCUCCAGCCAGGUGGAUCCCAGUCUGUGCUGCAGUCCCGGAUUAUGUUAUCCCAGGUGCGUGACCUCACACUUGUCCUUGUUGAACUUCAUAAGGUUCUUGCUGGCCCACUCUUCAAGCCUAUCCAGAUCCUCCUGCAGAGCAGCUCUCCUUUCUGGAGUGUCUACUUCCCCACUCAAUUUGGUGUCGUCUGCAAACUUCAUCAGGCUACACUUGAUGCCGUUAUCCAGAUCACUUAUAAAGAUAUUGAAUAAUAUUGGGCCCAAUAUCGAUCCCUGGGGGACUCCACUUGUGACAGGUUGCCACUUGGAAAAGGAGCUAUUUACCACCACCCUUUGGGUGCGGCCUGUCAGCCAGUUCCCCACCCACUGCACAGACUACUCGUCUAGGCCGUAACGCAUCAAUUUCUCCAGGAGGAGACCGUGGGGGGCUGUAUCAAAGGCCUUGGAGAAGUCCAGGUAGACAAUGUCCACUGCCCGCCCCAUGUCAUCCAGGCAAGUCACUUUGUCAUAGAAGGCCACCAGGUUUGUCAAGCACGAUCUGCCUUUAGUGAAGCCGUGUUGGCUUUUUCCCAAUCACGUGCUUCAUUUGACUUGUGAUGGCCCCCAGGAGGAUUCGUUCCAUAACUUUCCCAGGUACUGAAGUAAGGCUGAUGGGCCUAUAGUUACCCAGGUCCUCCCUCGAGCCUUUCUUGUAGAUAAGGGUAACAUUUGCCUCCCUCCAGUCCUCUGGGACAUCCCCCGUUCUCCAUGACUUCUCGAAGAUUACGGAGAGUGGCCUUACAAUGAUGUCAGCCAGCUCUCUCAACACCCUCGGGUGGAUGGCGUCAGGGCCCAUCGAUUUGUAGGGGUCAAGCUCCUGUAGUAAUUCAUGUACUAACUCUUCCUUCACUGAUGGUGGGUCAGUGUUUGGAUCAAUCGGCAAUUUUGUUCCCAAAGCCUGGGACGCAACAGUGUUGGUAAAGAUAGAGGUGAAGAAAAGUGUUGAGAACCUCUGCCUUUUCUGCAUCGUUGGUGACUGACUCUCCUUUUCCGUUUAACAGUGGCCCUAUGUUUUCCUUCUGUUUCUGCUUAUGGUUGAUAUGUCUGAAGAAACCUUUCUUGUUAUUGUUGAUGUCUACAGCCAGUUUCAAUUCUAACUUGGCUUUUGCUUUUCUGACUGCAUCUCUGCACUCUCUGGCAAUGCCCUUGUAGUUCUCAGUGGCUAGUCCUCCACUUCUCCAUUUCUGGUGUGCUUCCCCUUUGGAUUUGAGUAGACCCAGGAGGUCAUGGUUGAGCCAAGGGGGCCUCUUGCUCCGCUUACUUCCCUUUCCUUUGUAGGGGAUAAAUUGGCUUUGUGCUUCCAAUAGAGAGUUCUUGAAGAACUCCCAGCACUCACUAGCUCCUUUGUCUUCCAUGGAGCGAGCUGAAGUUUGCUCUUCUAAACUCCAGGCCCCUUGUCUUAGAGCUGACCUUCAGCACGCUCAGCAGGAUCCCGAACUCCAUAAUAUUGUGGUCACGGCAGCCAAGGCUAUCACUAACCGAGAUACUACAAAGUAGGUUUCCUUGGUUUGUGCAUAGCAAGUCCAGCAGUGCCUCAUUCCUGGUUGGCCCAUCUAGCAUUUGUAUCAGGAAACAGUUCUCUACGCAUUCCGGGAACUUGGUGGAUGACAUGCGAGCUGCUGUAUUGUUCUUCCAGCAGAUGUCUGGGUAGUUGAAGUCACCCAUAAGGACCAGGUUCUGUUGGACAGAAGCUUGCUUUAUUGCCCCAAGUAUCUCUUCAUCAGCACUGUCAUCGUUGUUAGGAGGUCGGUAGCAGAUGCCCACUGUGAGGUCCUGCUUGAAGACAACCCCUCUGACUUUAACCCAGAGGCAUUCGAUAGAGCAGUCGCAAUCACCAUAGUUGACUUCGAUACAUUUGAGGUUUUCCUUAAUGUAGAGUGCAACUCCUCCACCUCUUCUACCCUGCCUGUCCUUACGAAAGAGCCUAUAACUGUUCAUCGCAAUCCCCCAGUCCUUUGAGUUGUCCCACCAUGUUUCAGUUACUCCUAUGAUGUCAUAACCUUCUGAGCGGGCAUGGAGCUCCAGUUCCUCCUGUUUGUUUCCUAGACUGUUUAUUAGGGAAAAUUCAGGUGCUGAAUCUUAAAAUCUCAUUAAACUUGUACUUUUUUAUUUGUCCAUUCACCUGGUCUCAUUUCCUUUUCAAGGCCUCCCACAGUCUCAGGGUAUAUAAAUCACUAUGACUCAUCCAAAUAAUACCGAAACAGACCAACCAGAGGUUAAUGUGCCUUCCUCUUCUGGUACCUUAAUUUUUGUAAAGUUAUCUCACAAACUUGUCACUGUCUUAGGGCUGGGUAUAUGCAUCAUCUUUUUCUAAGAUGUACAUGUUGAAGUUGCAACAGGUUUGUAUUGCUACUUGUGACUUGUUCUAUUCGCUUUAGGAUGUGGUGUAGACACAAAUCAAUGCACUGGUUUGUCUUGGGAUCAGUCUUACCUGUGACAUCUAGCAGUGCUUGCGUGUAUGUUAAUGUGUACACAAAUGCUGGAUCUUCCCCAUUGCCUAUGAUGUAUACGAUGCACAAACUACUCAAGGUGUUUUACAAUGUACGGUGAUCACAACUUGUUGCCUGAGGGUAGGAUGUCUUAGAGUGAACUGGUUUUAAUGUGGUUUUU